UAUUUUGCAUCGUUUCAGGGCUUUCAUCCUCGAGGAAUGUUAGCAUAAUCCAUCAUCAAUAAAGCUUUUGCCAAAUUUGUCUUAAAAAAGCAACAUGAAUAACGGACCACCAUCGAAUACGAAAUGGUUAUAUGACAGUCCAAUAAAUUCUGAAGUAGAGACCAAGUUGAGGCGUCUCUUGGUCGAAUUAGGGAAAGCUGAUAAAAUACUUGGAAUCCAGGUUUGUGCCUACAAAGACGGGAAAGUGAUCAUUGAUACUGCAGCUGGAGUCAUGGGAGCAGAUGACCCUCGUCCAGUUCAGCCUGAUACCUUAUUUCCUGUUUUCUCUGCAACUAAGGGUGUCACAGCAGGAAUGAUGCAUUGGCUAGCCGAUAAAGGGAAAAUGAAGCUUGACGAAAAUGUUGCAAAAUUUUGGCCGGAGUUUGGUACAAAUGGAAAAGAUCAGAUAAAGAUUCAUCAUGUACUUAAUCAUACAUCUGGGCUGCAUAAUGCUCUUGCGGACAUCUCUAAAGAUAAUCAUGCGUUGUUAUGUGAUUGGGAUGAGUGUGUAAAACGAAUUGCAAUGGUUGCACCAGAGACUGAACCUGGUCGUGAACAAUUCUAUCAUUAUCUUUCGUAUGGCUGGCUUUGUGGUGGGAUUAUUGAGCAUGCAUCCGGGAAGAAGUUUCAGGAUAUUCUUGAGGAAGCCUUUGUUCGCCCACUUAACGUCGAAGGCGAGUUUUAUAUAGGGAUUCCUCUUGGUGUGGAAUCUCGUCUAGCAAGUCUUACGUAUGAUAAAACUGAAUACAAUAUGUUCGCUGCUCUAUGUGAAAACAGUGAAUUCAGGUCUGAGUUUGCCAUGCCUUCCUCUCUCUCACCUGACAUGCUUGCAGACUUUAUUCCCUUAUCCAACACCCUCAAUAUCCGCCGUGCGAUACUGCCAGCCAUUAACGGACACUUCUCAGCCCGUGCAUUGGCUCGCUACUAUGCCGCCCUCGUGGAUGGUGGUGCAGUCCCUCCCCGCCAUUCCUCCACCCUCCCACUCCUCGGAAGCCACCCUCACCACCCCACAUUACCUUCCAAGAAAAUCUCCGAUUACCAGAAAGAUGAAAGCACGGACAACCUCACCAAAAACCCUAAAUCCGAUCCUUACAUCAAAAUCCAAGAAACCAGCAACACAAGUGACAAGAUCGAUACUAAAAUUUUUAGCAGCGCCAGCGCAAAAUCAAAAAUUCAUGAUGCGUUCUUGGGAAGAGGAGAUUAUAAGGAUUUAAUCCUCCCGAAGAGUAAAAUUGGGCUUGGAUUUUGGAAGGCUAACAUGAUCGAUGGUUCGCUGAUUGGGUUUGGUCACGCAGGUGUCGGUGGUUCGACGGGAUACUGUGACAUAAACAACCGCUUUUCUAUUGCGUUGACCCUAAACAAGCUCUCUUUUGGGCCUUUGGUAGCUGAGAUAAUCCAGUUUGUUUGCUCGGAACUUGAUCUUCCUUUACCAGAAGAUUAUUCGGGAUCUUCGAAGUUCAUCAAGAAACCGAUGAUCAACUAAUGGGGUUUGAUUGAAACGUGCAGUAUUUGAUUUUGGGAACCUUUUUCAUAUAUGUUAAUCUUCUUUUCACUAAAGUGUAAAAAAAUAGUAAAUUACAUGAAUGGUCCCUAUGGUUUGGGGUGAUUUAUGCGUUUGAUCCCUAAUUUAUUUUUUUGACUCAGAAG